CCUAUCUGACACCAACCCUGGAAUGAGAAUGACUCACCUACUCCUUUGACUUUUGAGGUUGGAGGCCAUCCAGAGUGGGACUAUAUAGUCGGCUGGAGCCCUCAGCUGCCUCACUCUGAGCAGGACUUCUGACACUGCUCUGUGCUCUCCGGCAAUCACUUCCCAAGGAAAGAUCGUGGUGGCUGUAGACUCUGCACCUAGUGUUCCCACACCGCCGCCAAGAUGUCAGCCAAAGCCAUAGAAAAUGGGGAAGUUGCUGCUGCCGACGCCCUCCUGCCAGAAUUUGGGUCGGAUGAGGAGGAGGAGCCUUCCCAGUCAUCCAUCCAGGCCUCUGAUGGUUCUACUCCUGCGAAGCCACCACAGGGGCCACCUCAGGGGCCACCUCAAGGACCAGAUGGAUCUGGCUCUGACCCCACCGACCCACCCAAGAACAGAGGCAGUAAUUUCACCCACCAUGCAGCCAGGGUUGCUGCUGCUGUGACUGGAGGAGUUGUGGCUGUGGGGGCUGUGCCGGUGGUGCUGGGUGCUGUGGGCUUCACCGGGGCAGGAAUCGCCGCCUCCUUCCUUAGCGGCCAAGAUGAUGUCAGCGGCCGCCAUCGCCAAUGGGGGCUGAGUUGCUGCCGGCAGCCUGGUGGCGACUCUCCAGUCCGUGGGGGCAGCCGGACUCUCCACGUCAGCCAACAUCAUCUUGGGUUCCGCUGGCUCAACUAUUGGGGCCUGGCUCGUGGGGUUUAAAAAAGGCACCUCCUUCGUCUCCUUCACCAGGACCCGGCACUAAAGCGGAGAGGGGCUCCCAGGUUGGAGAUGACCCUCCAGGGCCUCAGAAUGAUACUCCCCCAAAUGACAAGUCCCCUCCCUCCUAAAAUUGUCCACAGAAGCAUGAGAAAUAAAGAUGAGAUGCCGUGAGCUCCA